CCCGAAGAGGAGCCAGUGUCCCACACAUCGCCCAACCAUGUUCGCCCGUGCCGUCGCCCUCCUCGCCCUGGUGGCCUGCUGCGCCGCGGCCAGCCUGCCCGAGACCAAGGACCCCAAGGACCUCGCGCUCGGUUUCCAUGAAGGCGACGAGCUGGCCCGAGAGCAGCGCUCCGUUCAAGACUUCCUUAAGACUUUGGGCCCCAGCCCCGCAGCCCUCAAGGGCAGCAAAGACCAGAGCUUUAACAUCGGUGGACUUUACCAAUAUGACAGGCAACUGCAGACCAGCACGGUGUACAAGUCGCGCAGCUUCCUGAGCGUCAACACAAAGGAGCUGUCCCUCUCCGGGCCCUACAUCAUCCACUGCAUCCAGGUCGUGGACCUGAAGAAGGACGGCAUGAACGCCGCGGUGACGGUGCAGAGGGGCGGCAUCGGCCAGAGGCAGGUGACCCUGAAGUUCAAGAGCCGGCGCGGCGAGGACAUCAACUACAUGGUCAUCUUCUGGGGACAGUGAGCGCAACCGCUGUUAUCACCAAGUCCUGAUUUGUUCUGCCUUGGAAAUGAUGAAAUAAAAACUUGUUUACGCAAGCAAAA